AUGAAAACACAAAUAAAAAAAGAUGAUGGUACCGGCACAGAGGCCCAGGAAACCUCAGGCCCGGCAGGUGUGGACUUGGACAGUACUAACAGACACUGCUACUCAGCCCCGCUUAGAUUAAGGGGAGGCGGCAAUGACGACGAAUCCGACAUGUCACAAACCGGUAGCACCAGUGGUGACAUGGUCGCUGGAAACAGCAAAAAGCGAGGUCCAACCUCGCCGGGUGGUCAACCGACCAAGCAAUCCCGUAGCUCGAAAAAAUCGAGCGAAAUAAGUGACCUCAUUGGAUGGAUUGAGCACACAAUAAUCCAAGAGAAGGAAAAAAAGAGGAUAGGCAUACAAACGGCAGAAAAACUGCUCAUAAACAUCAACAAAUUAAGAACGGCAACCGCGACCCUAGCUCACGAAAACAGCAGACUCGCUGGGGAGGUGGAGGGCAAAGACGAAGCCCUUCAACAGAGCCUCACUAUAUUCAUAGAGAAACUGGAUAUAAAGAACGCUGAAGCCAGUAGUCUGAAAAUAGAACUAGAUGCGUUAAAGACCACUGCAGCGGUACCACGCCCAACUGUAACACAACAGUCGACGUAUGCAGCUAAGGCAGCUAAGACACCGGCAAGUACAAAAGCCACGCCUAAAAACGCAAAAGCACCCCCGGCUAAGUCAAAGAAGGCGGCCGAGAUGGAACAGCUAAAUAAAAGCAGGCAAGUCAAAGCGACAUCUAGGUUCAUCGUGGAGAUACCGCAGGAUAUGUCAGUGGCAGACGCGAAGGCAGGAGUCUGGCAGGCGGUCAGGUCGAGGAAUAGCAAGUCCAAAGCUAAGACCAUCGUAAGCGGCCGGUCGCUUAUAAUAAUUCCGGACGACUCCAACUAUCAAGAGGAACUGACAGAGUGUUUGCUAGCGCAGAACGAGGAACUUGGCUUAACCGCAGAGGAUAUGAGCAACUCUAGACCACUCCACAAGCUGGGCCCGCGGGACAGCGAUGUGGUCCAUUGGGUCGUGGAAGUUCCACCAAGCGUUCUCGCAAAAAUAGAGAACAAAGCUCUAUACAUCGGCAUGACGAGAUGCAGAUGCAAGUUACACAGCAGUCUACCGCAGUGCUACAACUGUCAGCAAUAUGGCCACACAGCCAAAAUAUGUGAGCAGACAGCGCCAACGUGCAGACGGUGUGCAGGCGCACAUGAUUCUCGCACGUGCAGCAAUGAGCUAAUUAAAUGCGCUAACUGUAAAGGGCCACAUAAGGCUUCAAGCGCAGGGUGUAAGGCAAAGAGUCAGGCUAAGAGAAGCCUGCUCAGGCGCACGGACUUUGGCCAGCAAUGA